GCGAUUAAAAGCUUCGGCGACAGCGACGUUCUUCUCCUCCGAGCCGAUUUGGAAUCGAAUAUUUUGAAUCAAGCAGGCCAAAGAUUUCUCGAUCGGUAGAUCUAUAAAUUGAGGGAGAGCUGCUCCCUCGCCCUCCGAUCACCCGCUUCCAAUUCUCGGGCUUCGAGGUGGAAAUCGGCGAUCUGAGUUGGGGUUUCGAAUAGCAAGGAGUUGAUUUGUCUUUGGCCGUCGGUUCUGAUCUCGGUGCAGUAGGAAAGCACCUUGAAUUAGCCGAUCACCAACGUGAUGACCGGCGAUAGGGCAAACUCCCCCUCCGACUCUCGGUGCAAUGCCUCGCCUGAGGACCGCGAAGAGCCGAUGAAGAAUUUGAAGAUUGAGGGGGACGAGAAGGACGACGCCGAUGGUCGUCCGAAUCCCUACCCUCAGCGCCCUGGAGAACCUGAUUGCAAGUACUACUUGAGGACCGGCUCUUGUAGUUAUGGAAGCAAGUGCAAGUAUAAUCAUCCUUCUUCCACAGAACAGGAAAGUAAGAAUAGUGAUGAACUGCCCCAAAGGGAGGAUCGACCUGACUGCCAGUUUUUCCUCAAAACUGGGUUUUGCAAAUAUGGUACAACCUGCAAGUAUCAUCAUCCAAAAGACAAGCAUGCAAUCCAGAUACCUCCCUUGAAUUCUUUCGGACUGCCACUUCGCAAGGAUAUGGAGUCAUGUUCUUACUUCUUGAAAACCGGAUCUUGUAAAUUUGGAAUGGCAUGCAAGUAUGAUCACCCUCAGCUUAACAAUAUUGGAGCCAUAUUUCCUGGGUCAGGGCCUUCAGUCUACGGCUAUUCUGGAUACUCUGCAACUACAGGAGGUCUACAUUUGGCUGGUGGAUAUUCUGCAUGGCUUACAUCAUGGAAUCCUUAUGUGACUAAUUCUUAUAUCGAAGGAUUUCCAGCUUACAGUUCGCAUGUGCUUCCAACUAACCAAACCACCAUGCCUAUCCAGCAGGGUUGGUGCACAUAUGUGGCACCCAGCACUAUAACUGUUUCCUCUAUAAGCAGCCUUGGGAAUAAUCAAGCAAAGCCAGGUUCGAGCACUGAUGGUAUCUUUCCAGAGAGACCUGAUGAACCAGAUUGCCAAUAUUACUUGAAGACUGGGACUUGCAUGUAUGGUAGUUCUUGUAAAUAUAAUCACCCUAACGGAGCAACCCAAGUGGCUAACUGCAUCAUUGGACCCUAUGGGCUGCCUCUUAGACCAGAUUCUCCUAAAUGCAAACACUAUGCUACUUAUGGAAAUUGCAAAUAUGGUGCUACAUGCAAAUUCGAUCAUCCGAUUAUAGCCAUGUACUCACUGCCAGGAGCAUCAGAACCAUAUCCUUUCAGAGAUGGUAGAGGGAUUACAUGGAACGCAUCAAACAAUUCAUCCCUUAGGGUCCUGAAAGGACUUGAUCAGCUCAAUUCUUCUACAGUUGCCAGUGGAGAGCAAAAUGUGAACAAUAAUGAGCAUGACGGUCGAUCUUCAGCACUAACUUCUCCAAACCAUCCUGCUCCUAAUUCUGACUCCUCGUGGAACCAAUCCGAUGAGGGUUAGCUUAUCACUUGCCUGAAGAAUGGGAACUGUGCCAUCUCUGAAUGAUAAAUUUUUGGUCUGUUUGACUCUAUACCCCCACACAGACAAGUAACUGGUGAUGAUUCAGUGUUUCUUGAAUAUGGAUCUGCUGUAAGGAGGAUAACAAAUUAUUCAGAAAAUUUUGAAGUGUGUAUUUUCGGAAGCGAACCAUUUUAUACUCCCAUUGCAACUGGAACGAAAACUUGACAAUGAAACUCUUUAUGUAGCUUUAGGCAAAAAAAAAAAAAAAAAGUGUGCUUGUUAAUAUCCAGCAUAUCUGAUAUUUCAAAUUUGACUUGUGAAGAUGCAGAGAUUGAAGCUCCUCCAGGAUGCAGUAAUUGAUUGUACAAGUUCCUAGAAGGUAUUACUACUUGUUCUAUAUUUUGACUACUUAACACAAGGAACUCAACUAGUUGAGAGGUCUCACCCUGAUUCUCACGUUAAGUUACACAAAAGAAAUGUGUUGACAAAGUCAUUUAAGUAUUCAAAGCCAAAGCAAUGCAUAAGGAAAGGAAAAGAAAUUCUGCCAAAGUUUGAUCCCUUCACAGAUUCAAACACUAUCAAGAGCUUAGGCCCAGCUUGGUCUUGGUGGGAAAACCACAGUUAAACAUCAUCAUCACUCUGAUACAUAUAUAGACUAGUCAUUCUUUAGACUACGAGCCCAUGGAAGACCAUGAUUUUGACUUCCACAACCCUAGGAAUCAUCCAAUGGACUCUUCAUGUAAGAAAUGGAAUGAUUGACUGGUUGUUCAAUGCCCAAAUGCAAUUGAGUUACUAACCUAAAUGUUAAGAACUUAUUCAGUGGAGUGGUACCAAGUUUAGGAUAUAUUGGGAGAUUAUAAAUAGAUGUUCAAUUUAUAUGUUUA